GUCAAUCAACCGUCAAACCAAAAAAACAUAACCCUCGUUUCGCUGAUCUUGCGUUGUUGUGUGUUUCGGCAUCUAUCGACUGAUAUUUAUUUAAUUAAUUUAUGUGAAUUUACUGCUAGUGACAAAAGAAUAACAUUACCGAAAUGUCGGGUUUCAAUUUUAGUGACUUUGCCAAUGCCUUGUCCGAAACAAAGUUGUCCGGAGUGAGUUUUGUUGGACAAGCAAAAAAUUGGGGAACAGUUGCCGAAGCCAAAGAUCUCAUCGAUGCUAUAAACAAAUGCCAAAAGCUUGACUAUUUGAAUCUUGAGGGCAAUACACUUGGUGUUGAUGCUGCAAAUGGUAUUGCUGAUGCUUUGGCGAAACAUCCAGAAUUCAAGCAAGCAUUGUGGAAAGAUCUGUUCACCGGUCGCCUUAAAACCGAGAUUCCACUAGCUCUUCGAAGUCUUGGAAAUGGAAUGAUUACUGCUGGUGCUAAUCUGGCAGUUUUAGAUUGCAGUGACAAUGCAUUGGGACCGAACGGAAUGACUGGUUUAGUGGAUCUGUUGAAAAGUCGCACGUGCUUUUCAUUGCAGGAAUUGAAGCUGAACAAUUGUGGAUUGGGAAUUGCUGGUGGUAAGAUGUUAGCUCAAGCUCUCACCGAAUGUCAUGCGGCUAGCUUAACGGCUGGCACUCCAUUGAAAUUGAAAGUGUUCAUUGCCGGUCGAAAUCGGCUCGAAAACGAUGGUGCUAAAGCUCUGGCCAAAAUAUUCGGAGUCAUUCAGACCCUGGAAGAGGUGGCAAUGCCUCAAAAUGGAAUCUAUCAUCCCGGCAUCACUGCAUUAUCGGAUGCGUUCAAACUGAAUCCGGAUCUGCGAAUUCUAAAUUUGAACGACAACACCAUCACCGCAAAGGGUGCCAAACCGUUAGCCGAUGCCAUGGAAUUAAUGGAAAAAUUGGAGGACGUAAAUCUCGGCGAUUGUUUGCUGAAGACGGCUGGUGCUAUUUACAUUGCAGAGGCGCUACAAGAGGGACACCAACAUUUGGAGGUGCUCAAUCUUGGCUUCAACGAAAUCGGGCCAGACGGUGGGUUGGCCAUUGCGGCUUCGCUCGAAAACAAGCUACACAUUAAGGACGUUCAGCUUAACGGUAAUCAAUUCGGCUCCGAAUGUCGUGAUCAAAUUCUCGAAUUCAUGAUGCAGUACGAGAGAAGCGAUGCUCUUGGUGCGCUAGAUGAGGACGAUUCCGAUGCUGAGGACGAAGUAGAAGAAGAAGAAGACGACGAAUAUGCCGACGAGGAAACCGAGGACGGCGAAGACUACGAUGGAGAAUAUGUUGCGUCGGACGAUGAGAACUAUCAAAGCGGCAUCAAUUAUUCGAACGUCAGCGAGGGCAACGACACAUUUCACAGCAGCCGAAAUGUUUCGCUUUUGUCACAUCCCACCGACUCACCAGCACUCAACAAUUUCAGUUUGAACAAUUUGAAUGAUAGUGUGGCCUUCGUUGCUGAAGAGGGUCGACCGAAUACGGUGGAAACAUUUUGCAACACAACCGUUCCUACAUUGGCCAUGUUCAACGCAUUGGAGGAAAAUGAUAAAGUCCUUGCGUUCAAAACAUUUUUACAUAGCAUUCCCAAAGAAGAUUACCUCGUUUACAUGGUAUUCUCGAUCCUCAAAUGCUCGACCAUUUCAAAGGAAUCCAAUGAUGCGCUAGAAGUCGCACAGGUGCUGUACAAAGAGUGCUUUGAGUAUGCUGAGAAAACGAACCAGCUGAAACGAGUCACGAAUUUCUUUUUAUAUCAAUUGGGUCUACUGAAGCAUGAAGACAAAUCGUUCCAUUUAAUAUUCAACGUCGAUGCAUGCCGGUCAGCUCUGCAGUAUGCCAUCAAACAGAAUUCACUGCCAUCGGAAAUAUCAAAUACAUUUCAAGUGUUUUUCAAUAAUUCCUAAGCGCAACAACAUUCGCUUCGAAUAAAUUCAUCUCUUGCUUUUAGA